CGCCGCCGCUGCCGCUGCCGCCGGCCGGUCCCCGCGCUGGGCCCGCCCCCGCCCCGCCCGCCGGCCGCCAGCGCGCUCACGGCUGCCGUCUCCCGCCCUCCUCUCUCUCUCACGCCCAGCGCCAUGGCGGCGGCCGCGGCGGAGCAGCAACAGUUCUACCUGCUCCUGGGAAACCUGCUCAGCCCCGACAAUGUGGUCCGGAAACAGGCGGAGGAAACUUAUGAGAAUAUCCCAGGCCAGUCAAAGAUCACAUUCCUCUUGCAAGCCAUCAGAAAUACAACCGCUGCUGAGGAGGCUAGACAAAUGGCUGCAGUUCUCUUAAGACGUCUUUUGUCCUCUGCAUUUGAUGAAGUUUAUCCAACCCUUCCUUCUGAUGUCCAGGCUGCCAUCAAGAGUGAACUAUUAAUGAUUAUUCAAAUGGAAACACAGUCUAGCAUGAGAAAAAAAAUUUGUGAUAUUGCUGCAGAGCUGGCCAGGAAUUUAAUCGAUGAGGAUGGCAACAACCAGUGGCCCGAAGGCCUGAAGUUCCUCUUUGACUCAGUCAGCUCUCAGAACAUGGGCCUUCGGGAAGCUGCUCUUCACAUUUUCUGGAACUUUCCUGGGAUUUUUGGAAAUCAGCAGCAGCACUAUUUAGACGUCAUCAAGCGAAUGCUGGUUCAGUGCAUGCAAGAUCAGGAACAUCCAUCGAUCAGGACGUUAUCUGCUCGAGCCACGGCUGCUUUCAUCCUUGCAAACGAGCACAAUGUCGCUCUGUUCAAACACUUUUCAGACUUGUUGCCUGGAUUCUUGCAGGCUGUAAAUGACUCGUGCUACCAGAAUGACGACUCAGUCCUAAAAUCUCUGGUGGAGAUUGCAGACACUGUUCCGAAGUACCUGCGCCCCCACCUGGAAGCGACCUUGCAGCUCAGUCUGAAGUUGUGUGGAGACACGAGCCUCAACAACAUGCAGCGCCAGCUCGCCCUGGAAGUGAUCGUCACCCUGUCCGAAACCGCGGCGGCGAUGCUAAGGAAACACACCAGUAUCAUCGCUCAGACGAUUCCUCAGAUGUUGGCGAUGAUGGUUGAUCUGGAAGAGGAUGAGGACUGGGCGAAUGCAGAUGAGCUGGAGGAUGAUGACUUUGACAGCAACGCAGUCGCCGGCGAGAGCGCUCUGGACCGAAUGGCCUGUGGACUCGGCGGGAAGCUGGUCCUGCCCAUGAUCAAGGAACACAUCAUGCAGAUGCUGCAGAAUCCCGACUGGAAGUACCGACACGCGGGACUGAUGGCCUUAUCUGCCAUCGGGGAGGGCUGCCACCAGCAGAUGGAAGGAAUUCUGAACGAGAUCGUAAACUUCGUCUUGCUUUUCCUCCAGGACCCCCAUCCCAGAGUAAGGUACGCGGCCUGCAACGCUGUGGGCCAGAUGGCCACAGACUUCGCACCUGGUUUCCAGAAGAAGUUCCACGAGAAGGUGAUCGUGGCGCUGCUGCAGACCAUGGAAGACCAAGGCAACCAGCGGGUGCAGGCCCACGCCGCGGCCGCGCUCAUCAACUUCACCGAGGACUGCCCCAAGUCCCUGCUGGUCCCCUACCUGGACAACCUGGUGAAGCACCUCCACUCCAUCAUGGCCCUGAAGCUCCAGGAGUUGAUUCAGAAAGGCACCAAGUUAGUUCUGGAACAAGUCGUGACGUCCAUCGCGUCGGUCGCCGACACUGCGGAGGAGAAGUUUGUCCCAUACUAUGACUUGUUCAUGCCAUCGCUGAAGCACAUUGUGGAGAACGCCGUGCAGAAGGAGCUGCGGCUUCUCCGGGGGAAGACGAUCGAGUGCAUCAGCCUCAUCGGCCUGGCUGUCGGGAAGGAAAAGUUCAUGCAGGACGCGUCGGAUGUGAUGCAGCUGUUGUUGAAGACCCAGACGGACUUCAGCGACAUGGAGGAUGACGACCCUCAGAUCUCGUACAUGAUCUCCGCCUGGGCCCGGAUGUGCAAGAUCCUGGGGAAGGAGUUCCAGCAGUACCUGCCGGUGGUCAUGGGGCCGCUGAUGAAGACCGCGUCCAUCAAGCCGGAGGUCGCCCUGUUGGACACUCAGGACAUGGAGAACAUGAGUGACGACGAUGGUUGGGAGUUUGUGAACCUUGGAGACCAGCAGAGCUUUGGUAUUAAGACUGCAGGACUGGAGGAAAAAUCUACGGCUUGCCAGAUGUUGGUGUGCUACGCCAAGGAGCUGAAGGAAGGCUUUGUGGAGUAUACCGAGCAGGUGGUCAAACUGAUGGUCCCUUUACUGAAAUUUUACUUCCACGAUGGCGUGCGAGUGGCGGCGGCCGAGUCCAUGCCUCUUCUCCUGGAGUGUGCCCAGGUCCGCGGGCCCGAGUACCUCACGCAGAUGUGGCACUUCAUGUGUGACGCGCUCAUCAAGGCCAUCGGCACAGAGCCGGACUCCGACGUCCUCUCGGAAAUAAUGCAUUCUUUCGCAAAGUGCAUUGAAGUAAUGGGAGACGGAUGCCUUAAUAACGAACACUUUGAAGAGUUGGGAGGUAUAUUGAAAGCCAAACUUGAAGAACAUUUUAAAAAUCAAGAACUGCGACAAGUUAAAAGACAAGACGAGGACUACGAUGAGCAGGUGGAAGAGUCCCUGCAGGACGAGGAUGAUAAUGAUGUUUAUAUUCUGACCAAAGUGUCAGACAUUCUGCACUCGAUAUUCAGUAGCUACAAGGAGAAGGUCUUGCCGUGGUUUGAACAGCUGCUUCCAUUAAUUGUCAACCUCAUAUGUCCGCAUAGACCCUGGCCAGACAGACAGUGGGGAUUGUGCAUCUUUGAUGAUGUCAUCGAGCACUGUAGUCCGUCUUCGUUUAAAUACGCAGAGUAUUUCUUACGGCCGAUGCUGCAGUACGUGUGCGACAACAGCCCGGAAGUCCGGCAGGCGGCCGCGUACGGCCUGGGCGUCAUGGCGCAGUUCGGUGGCGAGAACUACCGGCCUUUCUGCACAGAAGCCCUCCCGCUGCUGGUAAGAGUCAUUCAGUCCACGGAUUCGAAGACCAAAGAAAACGUCAACGCCACAGAAAACUGUAUUUCAGCAGUCGGGAAAAUUAUGAAGUUCAAGCCCGACUGUGUGAACGUGGAAGAGGUCCUGCCGCACUGGCUGUCGUGGCUCCCGCUGCAUGAGGACAAGGAGGAGGCUGUCCAGACCUUCAGCUACCUGUGCGACCUGAUCGAGAGCAACCACCCCAUCGUCCUCGGCCCAAACAACACCAACCUGCCCAAGAUAUUCAGCAUCAUCGCAGAGGGAGAAAUGCAUGAGGCCAUUAAACACGAAGACCCCUGUGCCAAACGCCUGGCUAACGUGGUUCGCCAAGUUCAGACUUCCGGAGCACUGUGGACGGAGUGCGUGGGCCAGCUGAGCCCCGAGCAGCAGGCCGCCAUCCAGGAGCUCCUGAACUCUGCCUGAAGGGCCUCGACCGCACCACCGGAAACUAACUCCAAAUAAACGUUUACCCUUUUGUUUA